ACGAAACAUAUCAUAGAUAAGCUGAUGAAGAUAGCUUAAACACAUGAGGUUUUGAACGUUUUCAGCAGCCGUUUUCCUGCUCGAUCCGUGAGUCACAUUGAUACACGCACGCACGCACGCAGAAUAUGCUUUGGGCGAUCACCUUCUUAUCAAGCAACUCCGAAAGGCCAGUCUUGGCGAGAUCACAGCGGUGGUGAUCCGAUCGAUACGCACAAAGCUGGAGAGGUUUGAGAGCGCGUGUGCGUUUCAGCUUCGAUCCCCUACAUUGUCAGCAAGCCCGAACCCCGAGAAGGCCAGAGGAACCAAAGCAAAAGAAACAGAGAGAGAGACAUCAGAGAGAGAAAGAGAGAGAGAGAGAGAAGAGAGAGAGAGAGGUAGCACGGAGUGAGGUUUGAGACCCCGUGAUUCCUUUCCAACUUUCGCUGUCUCCUCUCUCGCUCUACAUCCUCAAAACCACUCCCUCCGCCCUUCACAGCUACCACGCCCUGACGCCCCGAGCGGAGUGUACCACCGCCGUGCGUGUCCAAGCAAUGUGAGGGCGCGCCGCGGCUAAGCCAGGUGCCCAGGGUAACACGCGCGACGACGCAAUGACGCUGCGGAUGGAGCCGCCGGUGCCGCCGCCGCGGCGGUCGGUGUCGACGACCUGCGACCUUCACCCUGAGGAGACCUUCACGGGCUUCUGCGCCGCCUGCCUCCGCGAGCGCCUCACCGGGCUCGAGGCCAACGCCGCCGCGGCCGCCGCGCCGGGCCGCAAGUCCACCUCCGCUAUCCGCUCGCUCUUUUCCCGGCCGUUCGCCGCUGCCGCCGGCGGAGGGCCCUCGGGCUCCGGUGCCGCCGCGCUGCCGGACCUCCGCCGGUGCAAGUCUUUCUCCUGCGGGAGCGGGGGCGACGCGCUGGCAGCCGCCGGCGGGGCGUACGAGCCGCAGCGGCGGUCGUGCGACGUGCGCGGGCGGAGCACUCUCUGGGCGCUCUUCCACCAGGACGACCGCGAGAGGGUCCGCGACGGCACAGCGUUCGUCGCCUUCCCGGCCUCGUCCUCCACCGCCGCGGCCGCGCUCGCCGCCGAGGUCCUUGCGCCGCCGCCCCCUCCGCCGGCCUGCGUCGCUGAGAUGUUCUUGGAGGAGGAGAUUGCUGUCGCCGAGGAUUCCGACGAGAUUGUUCCGGUGAUGGAGCCCGUCUUGGUGGCCGACACCUCUGAGGAGAUGGAGACGGGGGUGAAUGCGGCGCGGGAUGUUAGGGCCAUGAAGGAUCACAUAGAUCUCGAGUCUUCGCAGUCGCAGCAGCCCAAGAAGCCGCCGCCCAAGGAGAUGGAGAUCGCCGGGAGCUUCUGGCUUGCUGCCUCGGUGUUCAGCAAGAAGUGGCAGAACUGGAGGCGCAAGCAGAAGCUCAAGAAGCAGGAGGCCGCGGGCAGCAAGGCUGCUGCGGCGGCAAUGCCCCCACCGGAGAAGCCCUCCAAGCCAUCGUUCCUCCGGCGCAGCCGCUUCCGCCGUGGUGAAGCCGGCUCUGAGUUCGCCGGCGGGCGGCGCUCGUGUGACACCGAUCUAAGAUUCUCCCUCGACGCCGGGCGCAUGUCCGUCGACGGCAUGGGCUUCGCCUGGGACCAACCCCGUGCGUCGUGGGACGGCUAUCUGUUCGGCGCCGGCGCCGGCGCCGGCAUUGCCCUCGGCCGCGCGCCGCCGCCGCUCUCCCGCCUGCCUCCCAUCCUCUCGGCUAUGGAGGACUCCCCCGCCGGCAUCGUGGAGCGCUCCGACGGUCAAAUCCCCGUGGAGGAUGACUCCCAGCCGGAGCCCGACCCCGACGCGAACGUCCCUGGGGGCUCGGCCCAGACGCGAGACUACUACAUGGACACGUCGAGCCGGAGGCGCCGGAGCCUUGACAGGUCCAGCUCUGUGCGGAGGUCCUUCGAAGUCACCGACCCAAAGCCAGUGGCAGUGCCAGUACCAGUACCUGUUCCAGCGACCGCACCGGCCGCCAUGGUCAACGGCAAGGAAUCCCCUCUAAUGGGCAGCUCGGAGUUCUACCACUUCCACCACGCCGAAGACCUGUUCGACCACCGGUUCAGCACCAACUCACUCGUCGAGGACUUCUCCGCCAGCCUGGACGCCGCCUUCCCCGGCCCCGCGAAGAAGCCGCCGCGGCGGUGGCGCAAGGCGUGGAGCCUCUGGGGCCUGAUCCACCGCCGCGCCGCGGGGCGCGGGAACGGCGCGGACCGCGCGUUCUCGGAGCCGUGGCCGGAGCUGCGCGUCCGCGGGCACAGCGGCAGGAUGCAGCGGUGCAACAGCAACGCGUGCGCGCGGAGCUCCUUCAGCAGCAACAGCGGCGGCGGGCUGGGCAGCUCGAGGCGCAGCUACGUCGUGGACGCCCACGGCCACGCGAAGCGGAGGCGCGAGGAGGGCGCGGCGCUGGAGCGGAACCGCAGCGCGCGGCACUCGCCGGGGCCGGGCACCGCCGACAGCGGCAUGCUCCGGUUGUACCUCACGCCGGUUCGGAGCGCCAGCGGCCGCCGGACCGCCGUCUUCCCUGUGAAAGGCAGGCGGCCGCUGAGGUCGCCGUCGUUGGCGCGGACGAUGCUGGGGCUGUACUGACUGCUGAGUACUGACGACGGCGACCUGCUUAUUUCAGUAGGCAGUAGCUGAUGGCUUUUACAUGUUCAGGCAUUCGGGGGCGGUAGUAUAACCAAAAUUCGUUUACAUCUUUGUUGUGUAGUGCAGGUGCAGUGAUCCUUUUGUUCAUUCGGAGGCUGGAUACAAUGGGAGGUUUUAAUCUCGUAAGAGCAUCUUCAAUAGACUCUUUAUUUUUUCUCUCUA